CAUUGUAAAUGCAUUUACCUCUUUGGGGUCAGUUUCAAGUGGAACCUCUGUCUGCGAACAGGAAAUUUCAUCUUAGAUAAAAAAAACUUCUUUCAGCAGUCCACAGGUUUUUCUCUCUCCGCCAACAUGUGCACAGGAAGGUGUUCCCGUUUCAUUGCGGUCAGCCUGUACCCUUUAGCGGUCAUAUCCAUCAUCUGUAACAUCGUGCUGUUCUUUCCUGGCGGGGACGUCAAAUACGCCAAAGAUGGACAUAUAACCGAGGAGGUGAAAUACAUGGGAGGCCUCGUUGGAGGAGGUGUACUGGUGUUGCUACCAGCACUUUACAUUCAUUUGACUGGAACCCAGGGCUGCUGUGGAAACCGCUGUGGGAUGUUCUUAUCAAUUGCGUUUGCUGCCGUGGGUGUGGCUGGAGCUCUGUACAGUUUGGUCGUGGCAGCGCUCGGUUUGCAGAACGGGCCCCUCUGCAAAGACAUUGUGUUCUGGUCAACACCUUUCAAAGGAGAUGAUGGCAAAUACCUGAGUGACAGCUCUUCGUGGAGGACAUGCAAAGAGCCUAAGGACGUUGUGCAGUUUAACAUUGGCUUGUUCAGCACUCUGGCGAUCACAAGCUGCCUGCAGGUGAUUUUCUGUCUAAUUCAGAUGAUCAACGGGCUCUUCGGCUGCCUGUGUGGAACCUGCAAUGCCAAAGGGGUACUGUAAGCCUGACAAUCGACUGUCACCCCCUGCAGGAAGACAGUGUUCCUGACUGCACCUUUCUUUUCUAUUGUCUCUGCUUCAUAAUAGAUUGUUAUAUUUUUUAAGUGUGUAUUUCAUGCUUCAUAUUUUAUUACAUUAGCCAUCACAGGAAUCUUGAAUGCAAUGUAGUGUUAUGUUGUGAAAGUGCACAGUGUUUGAAAUUAUUUGGUGACCGGUUUUAAAAAAAAUGGUGUUAAAAACA